AUGUGUGGUAUGUGUGGGAACUUCAAUGGGAAGAAAGAGGAUGACCUCACUACUCCCAUUGGACAUGUAGCAAACACCAUUCCAGAACUGGGAAAGAGCUGGAGAGUGCCAGGUUUACCAGGAGAAGCGCUCUGUCAAGAUGAGUGUCCAGGGCAGUGUCUGGGUUGUGAGGGUGUGUCAUGGUUCACACGCUUGAAUGCAAAAAUUAGCUGUAGUGUUGUUACCCUUCUCACAAAAGGACCUUUGCAUGACUGCAAAAGUGUCAUUGACCCCAAUGUGUUCUAUGACAAUUGCCUAUUUGACUACUGCAGUGGCAAAGAUGUCAGCAAUUUCUUAUGUCAAACUGCUCAGAUAUACACGGAUGCCUGUAAGCAAGCUGGUGUACAUAUUUAUGACUGGAGAGGCCUCUUAAAGUGCUCUAACCCUAGUUGCCCACCAUACAGUCACUUUGAGUCCUGUGCCUGUCCUGCCACCUGUGAGAAUCCCACUCCUUCUGCUGAAUGUAAAGCAAACUGUGUAGAGGCUUGCACUUGUGACGAUGGAUACUUGUGGAGUGGAGACAAGUGUGUCCCUAAGAAUCAGUGUGGCUGCAUGUACAAAAAUGGAGGUGAGGAGCGUUACUUACAGGCUGGAGAAACCAUCUGGGCUGAUGACACCUGCAGCAAAAAAUGUACCUGCAAUUCGAAUAAUGGUGAGGUCAUUUGUGAACACACAAGCUGUCCAAUUGGAACUGCGUGCAAUGUUGUUAAAGGAAUCAGAGACUGCCACCAAGUACCAAAUGCAUCUUGUAAUAUUUAUGGAGAUCCACACUACAACACAUUUGACAACACCACCUAUGACUUCAUGGGCACCUGCACUUACACUGCAGCUCAGAGCUGCCAUUUAGAGGGAACACAACUCACCCCAUUUACAGUUGUAGUAGAGAAUGAGGAAUGGACUGAAAUCCAAAAAACUCCAAAUGUCUCUAUGGCCAAGGUGGUCGCUGUGGAGGUCUAUGGCAUGACUAUAAUACUCCGAAGAAAUCAGAUACAUCAGGUCAUGGUUAAUGGUAUCUUAACCAACAUUCCUGUAAAUCUCAAUGAUGGGCAAGUGAUAGUCCAGCAAGAGGGCAAUCAUAAUGUAAUCAUUACAAACUUUGGUCUAAAAGUGGCCUAUGAUAUGGUUUAUCAAGUUAUCAUCACAGUCCCUGGCACAUAUGCAGGAAGGACCUGUGGCAUGUGUGGAAACUUUAAUGGUAAUAAGAAUGACGAUUUCUUGCUGCCAGACGGGAAAGAAACCAAAGAUAAAAAGAUUUUUGGAGCAGCAUGGAAAGUAGCAGUCCCUGGUGUUGUGUGUGAUGAUGGAUGCAGUGGUGAUUUCUGUCCAAAGUGCCCUCAAAAUGAGAAAGUUGUGUUUGAGAAGGACUGUAGUAUUAUUACCAACCCUGAAGGUCCAUUUGCUGCAUGUCACAGUAUAAUUAAACCCGAAUCCUACUUCAAAGAUUGUGUUUAUGACGUCUGCAUGAGUGAGGGAGAUGAACAUAUGCUGUGCCACAGUGUCGCUGCCUACAUGUCCGACUGCCAGACUUUUGGAGUCAUGGUUGAAAACUGGAGAACACCUACAUUCUGUCCGUUAACAUGUCCUCCCAACACUGUCUAUGAAAUCUGUGCAAAAGCAUGUGACACACCAUGUCCUGGCCUUUCUGGUGUGAUGAAGUGUAAUAUUCAGACCUGUGCUGAGGGUUGCAUGUGUAAACCUGGAUUUUUUAACAAUGGGACUGGCUGUGUUACAGCAGAUCAAUGUGGCUGCUAUGAGGAUGGACACACCUAUAAGAUUGGUGAGUCUAUCAUCACAGAGAACUGUCAAGAACGUUUGACCUGUCUUCCAUCUGGACAUUUAAAAAAAGAAAGUAUAAUUUGUGAAAGUAAUGAGGUAUGCGGAAUUAGGAAUGGUGUUCGUGGAUGCUACCCAAGGCAGUGCCGUUUGGAGGCUAGUGGCUCCUUUAGCCUUUUCAGUGGAGAAACCUGGGGCAUCACAUCUGUAGGAGCCUAUGAGCUAGUGAAAGUUUGUGAUGGUGCUCUUGAAGCUGAAUGGUUCAGAGUGGUGGUUGAGUUAGGACCUUCUGGAAGCGAAAGCAGUGUUCUGGCUGUGUAUGUCUACUUUAAAGACAUCUUUAUUACUGUCACCAGCAAGCAGGACACUUGGAUCAAUGGAAAACUUGUCACUCUGCCACAGCAGCUGAACAAUGAAGUGACGGUUCAGUUAACUAAAGAAACACUCACAAUUGAAAAGAAGGAUAGCUUGAGAGUGUCUUUUAGUCUUUCACUUGGCCUUGAAUUGAGCUUGAGUUAUGAAAUGUCGCAAAAGGUGUGUGGUGCCUGUGGAAGUGACAACAAAAUGUUCAAUGUCCAGCAUCAAGGCUUCGAUGAAUAUUUUGCUUUAUGGAGAGCAUCUGACUUUCCAAGUGCCUUUUGUUAA